AUGGGGCACGCCGACGAGAGCAACAGCAGCGGGCGGAGGAGCUCUUCCAGCAGGGAGUGUUUGAAGAGGAGCCCGCGGAGCCCGAAAGCAGAGGGCUCCGAGUCGGUGACAUCUCAGUCCUCACCCAGUGAAGAGGCUGGAAUGAUGACUGAGGUGAAAGUGAAAACAGAGGUACCAGAUGACUAUAUCGAAGAGGUGAUCUGGCAGGAUGACACCAAAGAUUCCAAGAAGAACAUAAAAGAUGGGCCAGGAGAUGUGCCUGCAGAGAUCUGCGUGGUCAUAGGUGGGGUCCGCAACCAGCAGACGCUCGAUGGAAAAGCAGUGGAACGUGGCUCUCCCGUUGGAUAUACACGAAAUCGCUAUUCAGGGACCUGGAUUUUUGACCAUGCAUUGAGAUACACGUCCGGGUCUUAUGAGUGUGGAAUAUGUGGGAAGAAAUACAAGUAUUACAACUGUUUCCAGACCCAUGUGCGAGCACACAGAGACAAUUUUAGGUACACAUGUGACAUUUGUGGGAAAAAAUAUAAAUAUUAUAGCUGCUUCCAAGAGCACAGAGACCUGCACGCUGUGGAUGUUUUUAGUGUGGAAGGGGCCCCAGAAAACCGGGCAGACCCCUAUGACCAGGCUGUCAUAGCAGCAGAUGAAGUGAAGGAGGAGGAGCCGGAACCGUUCCAGAAGAUUGGUCCAAAAACUGGCAAUUACACCUGUGAAUUCUGUGGCAAGCAGUACAAAUACUACACUCCCUACCAAGAGCACGUGGCACUGCAUGCACCUAUUAAGUUCUCUCGAUCUCCACUCUUCGUGGCAGUGAAGACACAGGCGAGCCAAGCCAGCAAAAAAACACCGGCUUCAAUAAACCGAUGUUCUACCCUCCUGCACCGCACCCCCUCCGGUGUCCCACCGGCAUCCCAAUCCCAGAUGUUCCGCGCUCCAAAUUCUGGAUCCCCAGGAAGCAAGGCCAUCACAGCAGAAAGUGCUUUCAGCAGGAGAGUGGAAGGCAAAGCACAGAACAACUUUGAAGAAACAAACAGCAAUUCUCAGAACUCCAGCGCUGACAAUGAGAACAAUAUUGCCUCUAGCCAGCCCAGAUCACCUCUAGCUGUUGUAGAAGAGAAGUGGAAACCCCAGCUCCAAAGAAAUAGUGUCAACAACACAUCCGCGAGCGGUUCAGUAGGGAACAGCGCGAUCCCGGAGAAGGAGCGGCAGAACAUUGCCGAGAGGCUCCUGAGGGUGAUGUGCACUGACCUUGGGGCUCUGAGCGUGGUGAGCGGGAAGGAAUUCAUCAAGCUAGCGCAGACCCUGGUGGAUAGUGGCGCUCGCUAUGGUGCCUUUUCCGUCACCGAAAUCCUUGGCAAUUUCAACACACUGGCUCUGAAGCAUUUGCCUCGGAUGUACAACCAGGUGAAGGUGAAGGUAACCUGUGCGCUGGGCAGCAACGCAUGCCUGGGUAUUGGCGUCACUUGUCACUCACAGAGCAUCGGCCCCGAUUCCUGCUACAUCCUCACAGCUUAUCAGGUGGAAGGCAACCACAUCAAGAGUUAUGUCCUGGGAAUUAAGGGUGUAGACAUUCGAGAUAAUGGUGAUUUUAUCCACCACUGGGUCCAGAAUGUGCUCUCAGAGUUUGUGAUGUCGGAGAUCAGGACAGUGUAUGUCACAGACUGCAAAGUCAAUUCCUCUGCGUUCUCCAAGGCAGGCAUGUGCUUGCGUUGUUCGGCCUGUGCCUUGAACUCAGUGGUGCAGAGUGUGCUCAACAAGCGAACACUACAGGCCCGCAAUAUGCACGAAGUGAUCGAGCUCCUGAAUGUCUGUGAAGAUCUGGCAGGAUCCACAGGCCUCUCAAAGGAGACCUUUGGCUCCCUGGAAGAGACCUCCCCCCCGCCCUGCUGGAACUCAGUCACCGACUCCCUGUUGCUCGUCCACGAGCGCUAUGAGCAGAUCUGUGAGUUCUACAGCAGGGCCAAGAAGAUGAACCUCAUCCAAAACCUGAACAAGCACCUGCUCAGCAACCUGGCAGCUAUUUUGGCUCCGGUGAAGCAGGCGGUGAUAGAGCUGAGCAACGAGAGCCGGCCCACCUUGCAGCUGGUACUGCCCACCUAUGUCAAACUGGAGAAACUGUUCACUUCCAAAGCUAACGAUGCUGGCGUGGUCAGCAAACUCUGCCACCUCUUCUUGGAGGCGCUGAAGGAGAACUUCAAAGUUCAUUCGGCACACAAGGUAGCCAUGAUCUUAGACCCUCAGCAGAAGCUGCGGCCCGUCCCACCGUACCAGCAUGAAGAGAUCAUUGGCAAGGUCUGUGAGUUGAUCAAUGAGGUGAAAGAGUCCUGGGCAGAAGAAACAGAAUUUGAACCUUCAACCAAGAAGCCUCGGUCAGCAGGGGAAGCCACAGCAGCUCAGGAAGAAGAUUGGUUCGGGAAAAAUGAAGUCUAUGAUUAUUUGCAAGAACCUCUCUUCCAGGCCACCCCUGACCUGUUUCAGUACUGGUCAUGUGUUACUCAAAAGCAUACAAAACUAGCCAAGCUAGCCUUUUGGCUCUUAGCAGUGCCUGCUGUUGGUGCCAGAAGUGAAUGUGUAAAUAUGUGUGAGCAGGCUCUCUUAAUCAAAAGGAGACGGCUACUCAGUCCAGAAGACAUGAACAAACUCAUGUUUUUGAAGUCCAACAUGCUUUAAGACUGUCUUUUAAUUAAAACAAAACUUUAAAACACUGUUCCAAACAAAGAAAAAAAGAAUUUUAAGUUCUAAACACUGUGGACCUCAUUAUGAAUGCCCCUGGAAACCAAGUGCUUUUUUAUAUAUAUAUAAAAAUAUAAAUAUAUAUAAAAUUAAGUUUGAAAGGAAAGCUGAGCACGUGAGAGAGACAGCCCUCUGCCAGGAACGUGCUCCUUUCCCUAGAUAGUGUGUGGACUUGACAGACUUUCUGAUGUUUUCAAGUGGGCAGACGAAUGGGAGGCUGAUGUUCUAAAGUCUUCAGGCAGCUGAGAUCUAAAGUGACUUGAAGUUUCUUUUGUUUCUCCUCCACCCCACCUUUCCUCUUGUCCCCUGGGCCAUCUUGCCAUGGAUAAUCAGACUACAUUGAACAGACCAGUUCUGCACUGGACUUUGCUCCUUUGAAUAACUGCAUGCCUUGAGGGCAUUUGUCUGCAGCCUUCUUGACACACAGUGCAUGUUAUCAGGGCAACUGUGUUUUCUGAGCACCAGUGUCUUUAGAAGUCAGGAACGGAGACUGCAAGGGUUUAUUUUACUUUAGUUUUAACCUUUUCAUACACUUUUUUUCCAAAAAACCACAAAAGUUACUCUUCUGUCUCCACUCCCAGAUUUAACACCUUAUCUAAUGAUUCUAAGUUUGAUUUAAACCUAAGAGAAAGGGUUCAUGGCAGAACAUGGCUGUAACUCUUAUAUAAGUUUCUUGGAUUGCUUUUUUUACAGCACAGUUUGUUCUCUGAAUUCCCAGUAGUAAUGAGCUUCUCUGAAUUUUGGACAUCAGGCACUCUCAGACUUGUUCUAGAGUAGCCCAUUUGCGAUUAAAUAAUAUCCUUAUGGGAACCACAGCAGUUGUUUAGAUGGCAAAACUACAAAAUAGGAAAAGCAAGCAAGCAGUGACAGCACAGAGCCCUGUGGGCCACCAGCAAGCUUGUCAGGGUCUGCCAGCUGCCAUUGAGAACCCUUGUACCUAAACCUGUAGUAAAAAAGCUUGUCAACACACACCAUUCAAAACAACCUUCACAAGGCCAAGGACAAACCAAGGUGUAUGAGUUUUCAGGGGAGCAAAGAUCAUUAGUUUUGUCAAACUGGGGUUUGAAGGAGGCUUAGAGAAAUGCAUGGGCUCAAUGAUCCUUCUGAAUGUAAGUGCUCCUGAUUGAGUGCAAAGAAUAUCUUCCCAUUUUGUUUGGAAUGGUUUCCUCUUGUAGCACGAAUGUCUUUUUGAUACCUACAGUGCAUUACACUACUUGUUAUGUUGCUGAAUCUUUCUGGCUAGGAAGGCCAUGGGCCCUUAAACGUUCACACUUACUGGCUCACCCCAAAUGCAAUUAGAGAUUAUAACACAAAAACAUCUCAGUCACUCUGCUGGCCAUGAGGCCAGUACUCUGCUGUGUCCAGUGCCUGUAGGCACAGUCCAUGGGUGACUGGAUGGGGUCUCUGCUGUGAGGUUUGGUGCCUCUCAGACAAUUCCUAAAUUCUGGUGCCAAACAGUUAUUUUUUUCAUCCCUAGGACUUGUAUCCCAGAAGCAAAUUGAAGCAAAUUCUUACUUUGAAGUAGUCUCUCCCAUUCCAGUAGUGUCCCUUGGGGCUGUGGUCACAGUGGCCGCAGAGCAGCAUCGGGCUCGUUGCAGGCUGGAGCCCUUCAGCAGCACAGGGGGGUUUCUGGUUGCUGACAACACAGUGUUGAGACUGGGGUCCCCAUUGAAGUGCUGCUGUUGGAUGGUUGUUAAACCAAGAUCCCACCUGCCAAAACCAGGACAGAAUAGAAGGUGCAAGUCCCAAAACAUGAGAAAUAUCAAACGCAAUCUCUCAGGCUUUGUGUGCAGAUGCCUUGAACCUGACAGGCACUGACUGAUUCACUGCUGUGGGGCUCAGGCAGGGGAACAGGUUGCAUGCUAGAGACCAUCCCUAGGUCAGGUGCUCUUUGCACCCAACUCUUACCCUUUUCACCCUAGAAAUGGGACCUGCUGUUGGCGUGAGUCUAGCCUUUGGGUUGACCUCUCAUCACUGUUGCUGGCAUCAGGGCAAAACUUGUCUCCUAAGUAUAAGUCUUAGAAGAGAGUCUGAGCCCCACUGGCAGCUGCAGUGCUGGAGGACAAGCUGCAGAGGCUGAGGCACUUGGACAUCUUAUUUCUCUGGCAGUGGCUUUUGCCAAUGGAGGUGUUUUCUUCUUGCUGGUUUUAUUUCCUCCCAUACAAAUCCUGCCUGCCCAGCACCAGCUGGACCUGUGGUAACACAUCUGUUUGCAUUGACAGUGCAGGAGAAGUCUAUAGCAAACAAUAAGUAAGUCUCAAACUACAAACAAAAAACCCUAAGUGAGAUGCAUGCCCAUUACAAAGCAUUUGUGCUGUGCUGCUGUUCCCACUGCAAAGCACAAGGUAUCCUACAGCAGGGACACUUGGGUGGAGGAUGAAUCCAAAGCAAGAUGGGGCUACAGACUGUGUGCCAGACGGCUCAACUGUGGGCAGAAAUGGGG